GCCGCUUCGGACACAACGUAUCACAGCUUCCACGACAUUGAGCUGUACGAGCCUGCUCCACGGCCCGUCCGCGUCAAGUCCCCGUUGCGCCACGACACUCCAUUUGCGCCGGUGCCAAUGCGCCGGCAGGACUCGGGCUAUGAGUCUACCCCCUCGGAUUCCAAAUCGGCCAGCUCCGGGACCUCUCGCGAGUCCCACCGUAGGGUAUCCCUCACAUCGAGUCCCUCUCCACAUACCCGGCCUCAAACACGACCGUCCAUACAUCGAGCCACCAGAUCAACACCAACCACCCAUACUACUGGCAACGACAGCCGACAGUCCGUGCUACGAGCCGCAUCGUAUCAAUAUCAGCAAACAAGCGGGUUCUUCCAUUUUCCCAGCCCAGAGACAUUGAGCGAGGAUGAAGGCAUCGAGGACGUGGAGCUUGCCUACCCCCCACCACCUCAGACAACACACUACUGGACAAGCGACCACACAAGGAAGUUGGAAUACGCCGCCAUCGACGCCGCGAGCCGCGGCGUCAAGGGGUGGAUACUUCGACACAUAGUGCCGGACUGCAUCGUCCCUAAGUCCACCCGGCGCGUUGCCUUUGAUGAUGACACGGGCAGUGUGCGGCGAUACCGACUGGAACUCGAGUGCGAGGACUCAGGAAAGGACUGCGGUCGGGGCGGCAAGAAGAUGGGCUGGCUCUUU